UUGGAAAAAUCAAAUAACUGAAUUGGAUUAUUUCCCUACAGAGACAUGCCUUCAUCUUACGAGGGGAAGUGGGGCAAAGUUACAUACAGUCUGCGAGCACAGCUGACUCAGUCAAUCUGGCUUGUCCACAAAACCAAGACUGAGUUCCCUUUUCUGACCAAGUCUGAGUUCCCCUUUGCCUCCAAAUCAGAGAUGAUAAUCCUCGGACUUAAGGAACCACAACACGUGACCAGGAUUUCAUUUUACGGCUCUGAAAAAGUUACAAUGAAUGUUACUUCAGAAAGAAUGGGAGUGAAGCAAGGUGAGGCAAUGGGACUCUCUGUAGAAGUACUCAACGAUUCAGCACGGACAGUAACACCCAGAUUCUUCCUGUGUGAAAAGCAGACCUUUGCCGCUCAUUCAAAGAGGAUAGUACACACAAAUGACAUCCUGCUUGGCGGAGGAGACUCUGUGCAAGCUCACACCAGUCGAACUAUAACCAAAGUUUUGAGCAUCCCUCCACAGCUCCACCCGACCUUCUUCAACUGCUGCAUGAUGAAGCUCGAGCACCGACUAAAGGUCACUCUUGACGUCCCUCUGGCAAGAGACCCAGAGGUCAAACUUCCUCUGGUCAUUCUGUUGGGUUCUCCGAAACCAAAUCGACAAAAACCAAAGAGAUCCAUCUGGUUUAGGAAGCUUCCUGGUUAAAAAGGAUGCUGCUGAUUGUUUUUCCAGGAGCUUCAAACUACACCCAGCGCCUGAGAAUUUGUUCAUUGUGUGUUCUCUUGUCCACUAGAUGGAGAUGUGUGUCAUUAACUAGUCUGCAAGUAACAGCCGAUUCAUUUCAGUGUAUUUGAGUGAAUGUACUUCAGUUCAAGUACUCAGAUCCUAUACUUCUGUGAGAGUAGCAGUAUUAGCCCUGUGAGUGUUAGAUUAUUAGAUUGUUCAUGAUGCAUAAGUGCUCAUGCAUUACUGUUACACUGUUAAUGUUACUGUGUUCUGCUACACAAUUCUUUGUGUAGAAUUUAAGAUAUUUUAAGCCUCAGACAAUUAAGUGAAACCAUGUGAGAAGUUUGGAUAGGAAAUGUCUUUUUGGUUGAACUGCUAAUAACUCAUAUACAUCUAAAAUGCUCCUCAACUUCACACUGCUCACAAGACACAGCAACUGGGAGACUUUGGUUUAAUCUGUGACCACACACUGUACAGCACAUCCUUUCUCUCUGAACUACUGUGGAGUAGUAGCAAAUGAAGAAGUAUUGUAUAUGUAAAACCGUACUUCAGAAGUUACUGUCCACCACUGCACGGAAGUAUGUCAAAAGCUGAAUUUUAUUAAAUUUAUUUAUGUAAAAAAAAAAAACGUAAAAAAAAACGUUUAAAAAUCCUGUAAUUUUAUGAGACAGUUUUUUCCGGUUAUUUUUAUUUUUAUUUCAUUCCAGCUACUGAAUUGUUAAACUGUUAGUUUUUUUUCCAGUGUAAGGGGUUCUGUGUGAAGUGAACUAGUCAUUUAAUAAAAUAAACAAUUUAAAGGUAUAAUACACAGGAUUUUACCUAAAAAAAUGCACAGACCAAAACAAUCCAUCACAAUCAUCACUUCUGACUCAGUCGAAAUGUGUAGCAGAUCCUGCACGCUGCCUGUAUUGUCAUAUUUGCUUAUUAUUUUGCUGUGUAUAGGAUGUGUCUGGGUGUCAGUGAUCCUAGAGAAAGUUGAUUGUUGAGU